AUAUUAAUGUGGGGUCGUCAUCUCUGUGUGUGGAAUCUAACGUGACUAAAUUAUUUAGCUUGACGUUGCCUUAGCGCUUUGCCGUACAGCUGUGGCGUUCUACACAAGAUUCGAUUUGAAUACAGAUUGCACGUGUGCAGUGCAGGCGUACGCAUGCGUGCCAGCGACAUAGCUACAAGGUAGUCACAGUGUCGUACAGUACCUCAGGUCUACUACAAGGCGUCGCAUCCGUUUCUGCGGACGCUUGUGUUUGUACUCCCGCUGUAAGGCGUCGAAACGGCUCGUCCGCACGACAACAGCAGGUCACCGCUCGACGCGUGUUUGCGCAUUGCGCAGAAGGUGUGACAUCAAAAACAAACAUGGCGCAGCAGCCGAGAAAGUUCGUGGAGAAAAUGGCCCUUCUUCGAGAGAAGGAACGCCAACAGUCGAUGGCUGUGGAGCAAGUACUUCGCGAAGUCCGCGGCGUGAAGAACUCGAUUGUUAUGCAGUCGCCGUAUCCUCGCUCGACGCCCGAGUAUUAUCACCCGCAGCAGAGGAUGCUGUACGAGGCGUAUCCAUCGUAUGCGUCUGAUUUGAGUCACCAGGUGGCUCUACAGCAACAGAGAGGCCUCUCGCAGUCGAUGCCGGUUCUUUGUUCUCCGCCCCAACAGCAAGCCGCUCAACUCGACCUACAGCGCGUUUUGCAAGAGCGGAGGGAAAUGCAAAUGGCCGCUCUGCCUCUGAAUCAGCGACAACGCUGGCCUUUGCGAAAGGCUAUGAGCACGGAAUGUCGUCCUGAGGAACCACCGAGUAUCAUUUCGGCGUCUCAACAGACUUACCUUGAGCUGCCUGAACAACAGUGUCGACGGAUAAAGUCUGAGCCUGAUAUCCAUCAGAGUGUCAAGACAAGUGAGGACACAAUGUUGAGAAGGAGACUGACGGCUGCGGCCCCGAUUCCGGAAGACGAGAGAACACAAGUCUCUGAACCGGUGUAUCAGAGAGCUCAGUAUGUCAAUCAGAAUUAUCCAACAGGGAAUGGAUACACACUGAAUGCUGGCGUUCGAGCCAGCUCGGUCCCAGACUUGUCCGAUGUUCCGGUUCAGCCGAAUCCCCUAGACCAAGACGCAGACCAAGGCUACGGAAAUCUGUCCCACCAUCAAGCACACCUCGGUCACAUACCGAGACGGAGACAAGGCGUAAUAACGAGCCCCGGGUUGGCACUUAGAAAAAAGUCUCCGGCCGUGCCGUCUCAUCGAUCUCAUCCAUACUAUGGAAACUUGGGCGAAAUUGAAAACCACAUCGUGGCGUCGAUGCCACCGCCGCCGCUUUACGGACCCGAUCAACAGCAUCAGAACAACUUCUCGUCUGAGUAUAUGUCGCAGCAGCAGCAGCAGCAGCCGCAGGAGAUUGUGUUUCAGCAGCGUAGCAGUCUAGAUCACUUGAAUCCGGCGCAGGUUUAUUAUUGCGACGCAUCGGAAAUGCAGCAAACUGCCGUUUUGCAGCAGAAGUUCAAUGCGAUGAAUGUCGCAACGUCGGCCGACUCGUAUCAUCAACAGGUCAUCGCCGACGCGCAAAAUCAUCAAGUCCCGGGUGGAUUUCCUGGCAAUCAAGUCAUUGUCAACGCUCACACGCAUCAUGGCGGACGAAGCAGUAACAAUUCGGAUCAACUACAACAGAUGCAGAGUCCGUCAGGCAGCAACGUAUUAUCAUCCGGGUACAACAGUCCGUCAUACGGCCUGGGCUACAACACGCAAUACAGUCAGGUAUAUAGUGGAGGCAUUAUGCCCACACUUCCAGUUGGUGAUGUUUCUUGUGACAUGCGGCAGGACUCGAUUCCAACCAUGGGACAGGAUAUCGGUUCGGUACAGGUCAACACUCAGUACACUCAACUACCAAUGACGACGUCCGAGGGGCUCGUCGACGCUCUCUUUGCCGAACCGUUAGACGCCGGCGAGCUCAAGACCCUUUUGAACUAUGGAGACAGUGGACUGUUACCCGAUCCCGAAACUGAGGAGGCAUUGAAGCGACAGCCUUGAUGCUCGAUUUAGUGUACUAUCUAAGCGUUUGUGAAAUAAUUAGAGAAACAGAGAGAGAGAGAGACUGGAGAUCCGCCUUGUCACAUUUUCGUGUGUUUUCUCGAGCUGCUACGGCCGUUCAGAGCUCGGUGGUGUGCACAUGUAUAUAUGAAUUGGAACACCUAGCUAGGAGAGGAGACUCAGUGUUAACAUGUGUAUAGUUGUCUUGACUGCAUUGAAUAGUUCUAUUUGAAAGCACUUUGUAAUAGCUAUUUGCCGGACGGUCAUUGCUUUUUUGUAAGCGUAACGUGCUACUCUCUAUGGUUUAGAUUGGGUAGAAAUAAAAAAGGUAAAUUGA